AUGGCAUCAUCUGCUUUGCCGCUGAAAGUAAACCCUCCUGCAACACCGAAAGCAACGCCAAAGACCCAAGAGAAGGAAAAGGACGCAACGCCAGUGCCAGCGGAUCCAAAAGCACCGGCGGGAGCAGUGAAGGAUAUAUCUAGCCCUCAUGAACUGACCGCUUUUGUCGAGACGUUACUGGAGAAUCUGGACGCAAAGUUCGACGAGAUGUCGACACAAAUUCUAGAUCGCAUGUCGCAAAUGUCAACAAGGGUAGACGCUCUUGAAGCCUCUAUUCAAGAUAUAAUAAACGGCGAUAUCAGUGUGCCGCAAUCUCCUUCGCCUGGCCCUGGCGUCCGAAGGAGCGAUAGCGGGAAUUAA